AAACGAUCCGAAAACGUAAUUUUAUCACAACGAUGAAGGGAUUUCCCAUCUAUUUUCAAAUGAAUACCUUUUACAUUUAAAAUUUAAACCAAUUCACAAUCAGAAACAAACAAAAAAUGCUAAUUAACUACGUGUAUUCGCAUUUCAAUCAGCAUUUAAUAAUACAUCGACGACACAAAGUAAAAUAACGAUUAUUUCAAUCGAAGGUAAGUUACACAGAAGUAUUCCUUGAGGUAGAAGACGUUUUAUUAACGACGUUGAUGACGACGGCGCGAAGAAUCAAGGCCACUUUCUCUGACACACUUUCAACCCCGUUUAAAAAAUAAAAAACUUCCUCGAUACGUACGGCAAAAUUAGUUUCCUACAGUAAAAUAGUCAAGCGAAGAGAUGAAUUUAAGCAAGUGCGGUUUUAAUGUGUUCAAAUACGGUGUUUUAAGAAGUACAAGUGCGUGCGUUAAUUUGAAUCGAAGAUACGGGGAUUUAUCGUCGACGCAAAAUGUUGUUUCUUCCGGAAAGAAACCCGAUUGGAAUCGGGCUGUUAGCGAAGCAGAAAAAAUCGUGGGGUAUCCGACUUCCUUUUUAAGUUUAAGGUGGUUACUUAGCGAUGAAAUUGCUAAUAUCGCUUUGCAUUUAAGGAAAUUGAUUGGUUCAAAUCAUCCUUUAUUAAAAACCGCAAAGGGAUUAAUCUACAAUGGUAAAAACAAUACUCAAGCAUGGGGAUUAAUUGUUCUUUUAAUAUCAAAAGCAGCUGGUCACACUUCGGAUAUUCCCGAUUUAGAACAAGAUAAAGCAGCUGGAGUAUUGUACAGUCAACGUGCUUUAGCUGAAGUAACCGAAAUGAUAAGAACAAGUCACUUGGUACAUAAAGGAAUGAUAAAUAUGCAACCAGGAACCGAUGUUGUUGAUAAAUCUGGUGAAUUAAUGUUUGGAAAUAAAAUGGCGUUACUCAGCGGGGAUUACCUCCUAAGUAAUUGUUGCGCGGAAUUAGCUGCCUUAAGAAACCAAGAAUUAAACGAACUCAUUAGUUCGGCGUUGCGAGAUUUAAGUGAAGCGGAAUUUGUUGGUCCAAGAGAUCGACAAAAUAACCCUUUACCAUCGAAACCUCGUUUAGAAACUAUCGAGUAUAAAGUGUCUUCGAAUAACAUAGAUCCAAUGAUUGUAGGUGACGCAUUGGGUGAUGCGCAAGCUGAAUGGACACUGCGUCACGUUUUAAACGCGGGGAGUUUACUUGGAAAAGCUUGUCAAGGUACAUUAAUGUUAGCGGGACAUCCAGAAGAGAUGCAAGAAAAAGGUUAUUUAUUUGGAAAACAUUUAGCGUUAGCUUGGCAAGCGUGUUUAGAUCGAGAACCUUUUCUCCAUGGAUCAAGUGGAUCGUUUAGUUUGGUUUCGGCCCCAGUAAUGUUCCAGUUGCAAUAUGAUCCUGGAUUAUAUGCCGAAAUUGAAAAGGGGAUCGAUAACGUUGAGGACGUUGAUUUCGAUUUGGUGAGGAGGGAAGUUAUGAAGGGACCUGGAUUGGAAAAAACUAAGGCUUUGCAAAGGGAACAUUCUUUUACCGCUUUAGAGAUGCUUAAUUGUUUACCACAGUCUAUUGCACGUACUGCUUUGGCUAAUAUUAUUGUUGCCAUGCAAGAUGUUUAAAUUUUGUGUGUUUAUAUACAGGUUAAUAUGAGAAUGUCCUAAAUUUAUAUUUUUUUUAAAUAAGCAAAAACUAAAUAAUUUCAAAAAUAUUUG